AUGAAGGAUGAUGAUGGUGACGAUGGAGAUGACCAUGGCGAUGAUGAUAAUGAUGAUGACGUCGAUGACGACGAAGACGACGACGACGACGACGACGAUGAUGAUGAUGAUGACGAAGACAACGACGACAAUGAUGAUGAUGACGAUGGAUAUGACCAUGGCGAUGAUUAUGAUGAUGAUGACGAUGGAGAUGACCAUGGUGAUGAUGAUGACGUCGAUGAUGACGAAGACGACGACGACGAUGACGAUGAUGACGAUGAAGAUGACCACAGCGAUGAUGAUGAUAAUGAUGCUGAUGAUGACGAAGACGACGACGAUGGAGAUGACCAUGACGAUGAUGAUUAUGAUGAUGAUGACGAUGGAGAUGACCAUGAUUUUGGGGUUUCUGCGAUAUUCACUGAAACUAGAGAUUGCAUGUGGCGUUAUUGCACUAUGUACCGUGAGAGUCGUGACAGAACUGCAGUAGGCCACUUGAUGCACGCCCUGAAACUGAGAGAGCUGUGGGCUGAGGGAACAAAUGCUGACCGUCGCAGUACUGGCAUCACUUGA